GGGCAAUGUCAAGGUGUUAUAAGUCUGUGAGAAUCCUUUCCAGUUGGUCAUUCAACGGAGAGAAAUUCAAUCGGUUAGAGUAGCAAACCGUAAAGAAAGAAUAUAGCUAUUAUAUAGACUAAGGUCAUUAGUUCGAUUCGUACGAUUAAAGAUUAAUCUUAUAGAUAAAUAGUGAGAAAAAUAGAUUAAAAUGAUUAAAUCAAAUAACAGUGUAUUAAUCGUGUAUGUGUUUAUAUUAACGAUAAUCAUUGGUAACGUUAAUGGGAUCGGUAAAUAUCGUGGCCUUGAAUUUUUGGAACCUUGCUCUAAAAUCGAUCCUAAUUUGGAAAGUUGCCUUGCCAAAACUGCUAAUGUUCUCGUUGAACAAUUUCGACACGGUUUGCCACAAUUAGGAUAUUCUGAGGUUGAACCAAUAAUUUUGGACGAAUUACAUAUAGCUCUUGGAGGUGGUCCCGAUGGAUAUAGAGCACAAUUCGUGGACAUCAAUGCAAAAGGUGUUUCAUCGCUCAAAGUGACAGGUCUCAGAGCAAGAUUGUCUGACGAUGAAGUACAAUUGCAAUUGGUCCUUAAUAUUCCUAGAAUUACGGCUGUUGCUAAAUAUAGGUCAACCGGUACAUUGAUAUUGGUUAAAGCCAGCGGAGCUGGAGAUUAUUGGGGAGAAUAUGAGGGCGUCAAAGCUAAAGUAUUUAUCAGGGCAAAACCCUUUAUGAUACAAAAUCGUCGCUUUUUGAGGUUGCAACAAUUAAAAAUGGAUUUCAGUGUACAAGAUAUUAAAAUGGGCGUUAAAAACGUACACGAUGGCAAUACUAUACUUCAAGCCGCUUUGAACUUGUUCAUUAAUAGUAACGGUCAAGAAUUAUUAAAAGAAAUGAAACCAGAUUUGAGAAGAAAGUUGGUCCAAGUAAUGUCGAAUUUCGUUGAGAAACUUUUCGCUCAAGUACCGUACGACGCUUGGAUUACCGAAUAAGUAGGACAAACGAUAUUUUUAAUCCUAUUUACGUUUUCCUCGA